AUGGCUUCUGCGUCGUUCGUCAUGAGAAUUUCCUGUCAUCCAGAGAAAGACGGUAUCCCACGUAGUUUGACGUUACCUCUUGGCCACAACGCUCAUCCCACAUCUGCGUCCGAACGUUUGCACCAAUUGGUACUGGACUGCGAGCCUGCUAGCUUUGGCAGAGGCCAGGAGACUUUUCAUUGA